UUACUUAAUGGAAAUGAUAACCCUAUGACUUGUAAUUGCGAAUCCCAAGACCUUUGGAUAUGGAUGCAAGAUCACUACAAAAUUGUUUUACAAGGAAAUACAAAAUUACGAUGUGAAUAUCCAGAAAAUCUUCGUGGUUACAGAUUUUUAGAACUCCCGUCUCAGAAACUUUGCGAUGUGCCUGUCGUAAUCCGUAUAGCCAUACAGGACAUACAGACGUAUUCUGUUUUAGUUUCUUGGCAAAGUCGCAAUCAAAAUGGCUUAAAUGGAUAUCAAGUAGCGUACUUUCGGGAGCAAAUGCCAACAAUCAUAAGAGGCAAAGUUUUGAAUUCGACUGCCAGAACAACGAGAUUAAAUCAUUUGACACCAGGAGCGCGAUACGUAAUUUGUGUUAUCGCUGUUGGCGAUUUUGGAAAUAACGCUGCAUCUACGACGUCCAAUGCAAGAAUAGCGUCUACAAGUAUAGGAAAUACAGGAAUGAAUUUGUAUGGUGAUGAACAAAUUUUCAAUAAUCUGCGAUCGUAUAUGAACGAUUCUUACAUAAGUAAGUGUACAAGUGUAAGCACGAUUGAAAUAUUUAGUGCAGCGCUAGAUAGUCCAUUUUCAAACACUUACAUGGGUAUUGCCGAAAUGUUGACAAGAAGACUUAGUUUGGUUGUGGGCUGUUGUAUAGGACUUUUAGUUUUUAUUGUACUAGUGUCAGUUUUAGGAUAUAUGAAGACAAAAAAACGACCAGUCAUACCCAAAGAUGUUGUCCAGCAGCCUCCUCAAUAUAUUUCAUAUGACAAUUUUACUGCAACGAAUGUUGAAGUUCAAUCAACAGAUAUAGAUAUAAAUACUAUUUCUAAUAAAACGACAACACAAUUUAAGCCAUGUGAGUAGAUACUUAGAGUAAGAGAUCUAAACAUAUUCUUAUCCAUGUCAAAAAGAAAGCAUGCAAUUGUAUAUAAUUUGAUUUUAUUUAACAUACAUACGUUACUUAUGGCUUAGUGAUCAGCAUAAAUACUUUAAAGUUUUAUCGUCCAUCGGACUAUUGAAGUCUGACUUUAUAGUGAACUGGCAAAAAUUUAUAAGCACUCAAUAAUGAAGAUGCGGUUUCUAAUAAUAUAAACUUAAUGAUGUCAUUACAUAAAUGAAGUGUAAAUUCUGUCUUCAUCUAAUAGCUUAGAAGAUGGAAAGAAAAUACUUUACUUAAAGUUUAAUUUCGAUCGAUAACAAUUAAAAAUGUAUGUCCAGUAGCCCAAAAAAAAUGUUGCUUUUUAAUCUGUUUAACGGACAUUAGGAAAA